AAAUUUCAGAAUUAAAAAAUUAUUAUGAAAUUGAAAUUUCUGAUUUAAAAAAUAAAUAUUAUAAUGAAAUUUUACAAAAUCAUAAAAAUGAAAUUUUAAACUUAAAAAAAUAUUAUGAAAAUGAAAUUUCAAAUUUAAAAACUUAUUAUGAAAAUGAAAUUUUAAAUUUAAGAAAUUAUAAUAAAUCUGAAAUUUUUAGAUUAGAAAAUAAUUAUAAUCAAAUAAAAAAUAAUUAUAAUAUUGAAAUUAAUUUAAAAAAUAAACAAAAUAUUGAAAUUUAUAAUUUAAAAAAUAAAAUUUUUUCUUUAGAACAAGAAUUAAAAAAUCCAUCUAUAGAUUUAUUUUCAAAUAUUUUUAAUAAUAAUAUUAAUAAUUUAUCUAAUUUAUUAUAUAAAAAACAAUAUGAAGAAAAAUGUUUUCCACCUACAAAUUCAGAUGAAUUUAUAAAAAUGAUUGAUUUAUCUAAUUUAAAACCAUUUGUAUUAAUGUUUUUUAAUGCAUUUAAAUCUAAUAAUCAAAAUGAAAAAUCUAUUGAAAAACUUAAAAUUAGAAUAAUGUUAUUAAUGUAUCAUUUAGCUGGACUAAAAAAUAACAAAAUUACAAAUGUAAAAGCUUCUAUUGGAAGUUUUUUACUUAAAGCUGGUCUUUCAAAAAGAGCAAUUAAUUUAUUAUCAUAUUUUGGAUAUAUUUCAAGCUAUACAAAAUUAUAUUCAAAUAUGAUAAAUUUAGAAAAAAAUCAUCAAAUAUAUAUACAAAAAUAUUUACAAAAUAAUUUUAAUAAUCUUUUUAUUAUUAAUAUAGAUGAUUAUCAUGAUUGUCAUCAAACUAGAUUACCAACUAUGACAUCUAAUAAUAGAAUAUGUCAUAUGGCAACUACAUUAAUUAAUAGUACAUCUAAUAUUUUAAAAAUUCCAUUUAUUUCUUCAAAUAAUAUUUCACUUUUUGAAUCUGGAUUAAUUUCAAUUAAUCAUCUUAAUAAUGCAUUAUCUAAUGAAUUACGUAAUAAUUUAAUUAGUUAUAAUAGUCGUAAAUUAGAAUGGAAAAAUGUUUCAGAUAUUUUAAUACUUUCAACUGAAUCUUUAAUAGAAUCUUUAUCAGUUCAUAUGUAUGAUGGUACUCUUGAAAAUCAACAUAUGAGAAAUUUUAAUAAUACCAAACUUAUUGAUUUUAUUUCAUCUGAUUUAAAAAAUACUGAUGAUUAUUUACAAAUAAUUAAUAAUUUAAUCAAAUUUUCAGAUAUUAAAAAAUAUUUAACAAAUAAUAUAAUAAUUACACCUAUGGAUUUUCCUGGUCAAUUAUAUAUUCGAAAACUAAUUGUAUAUAAAUAUUUUAAUUCAUCUUUUGAUAAUAUUCCAAAAGAAAUUAAUCAUUUUGUUCCAUUACUUGGACCUUUACAUGUUUCAUUAAAUACACGACAAACAUGUCUUAUUAAAUUUUAUCCAUUUUUUAAUGAAUUAUAUAAAAAUACUUUUAAUAAGAAAAAAAAUUUAGCAGCAAAACCAAAACCAUGGCAAAUAAAUUUAUUACUUUAUAUUGCUCAUGCUGGAUGGAUUAAAAUAAGAUCUGAAGUUCUUAAAGCAUUUAAAAAUUCUAAAAAUGGAGGUUUUUAUUCAAUUUUAAAUCUUUUAGAUGAUAUUAUACCUUCAACUUUAGAUAUUUAUACAAAUUUAUUUAGAAAUAAUCAUUUUGAAUAUUAUUAUGAAACAAUAUUUAGAUUAUGGAUGUUUAUGCGAAGAUGUAAUCGAAAAAAUUAUGAUAAAAUAAUGCUUGUUUUUUUAUCAGAUAUUUUACAAUGGAGUCAAAAUCAACAUCCAAUAAUAGAUAUAUUUUAUAAUCAUUUAAAUUUACUUGAUGAAUAUCCAGUUGAAAAUUUUCAUAGUUUAGUACGUAGAAGUACUACAUCUAAAUUAACAAAUUCAAAAACUCUUCGUAGAUAUGGAAUUUUUAUAGAUUCUGAAAAACAUGAAAACAAAUUUAUUUCAAAUUUUUUAAAAACAAAAGAAUAUUUAUUUUCUAAACCUCAAUUGGAUUCUUUAGUUUUCAAUUCUAGUAUAUUUUUAUUAAAUUUUUUUACAAAUUUUUAUAAAAAACAAAAUGAUUUUAAAAUUAUAACAAAUAAAAAAAAUCAAGUUGAAGUUUAUAUUCCAACAAUUGAAAAAAGUUUUGAAAAAGGAAUUCUUCCAUCAGCAUAUCAUACUAAUAUAAUUCCAAAUAAUAACAAAUUAUGUGAUUUACAAUUUUGUAAUAAUAUAAAUUCAGAUAUAAUUAUUUUAUUAUGUGGACAUUCAUAUCAUACUAUAUGUUUUAGUAAUUUAAAUUUUACAUGUGAUUAUUGUUUUCAAUAUUAUAAAUCUUCAAUUGAAACAAUAUCAAAUAAUUUUAAUAUAUAUUUAAAAUCAGAUCUUAAAAAAAAAUAUAAUAAUGAUAGAGAAGAAAUUAAUAAUAAUAAUAUUAUUGAAUUAGAUGAAGAUAAUAUAUUAGAAGAUAUUAAUAUAAAUGAAAAUAAUAUUGAUAAUGAAUUUAUAUCAGCAAUGAAUAAUUUUACAACAAUAACUAAUGAAAAUAAUAUAUCAACAGAAUUUAAAAGAAUUUCAAUUGAUUUAUCAAAUAAUGAUCAAAAUAAUAAUGAAUCUAUUAUUAUUUCAAAUAAGAGAAAAAGAGAUUCAUAUCUUUCAAAUUCAAUUCAAAAAAAAUAA